ACUCGGUGGGGUGUGUGGACCCAGAGGAGUGUGUGAGGGUGUGGAGCGGAGGUGGGCUGCUCCAACAUCGCUUCCCAAAACUGGUCAUCGAACUCAUGCCCAGCGGUCUGCGGGGGCUGAUGAUAGCAGUGAUGAUGGCGGCCCUGAUGUCAUCGUUGACCUCUAUCUUUAACUCCUCCUCCACGCUCUUCACCAUGGACAUCUGGAAGAAGUACCGCGCUUACGCCUCGGAACGGGAGCUGCUAUUGGUCGGCAGGAUAGUAACAGUGAUUCUGGUGGUGAUAAGCGUGGUGUGGAUUCCAAUCCUGCAGUCGGCCAAUAGCGGACAGCUCUACGUUUACAUCCAAUCAGUGACCAGUUACCUGGCUCCACCCGUUACCGCUGUCUUCUCAUUGGCUAUCUUCUGGACCAGAACCAACGAGCAGGGAGCAUUCUGGGGUCUGAUGGUGGGGCUGGUGGUCGGUGUGUGUCGGAUGGUUCUAGAAUUUGCAUUCCCGCCUCCUCGCUGUGGUAUCCAAGACGACGCCCCGUCAGUGCUGCGCUCCGUUCACUACCUUCACUUCGCCAUCAUCCUCUGCUUCCUGUCUGCUGCCGUUGUCAUAGUGAUAUCACUGCUGACUCCGCCCCCCACUGAAGAGCAGGUGCGUAACCUGACGUGGUGGACUUUGACUCAGGAGGAAGAGGGAGAAAUACCACUCCAGAAAGUCUCCUCUAUCAGCCACCGAGAGCAGAGACCCCAGGUCCACGGUUCUGCUCCGGUGCGGAGGGCGGUCUGCGGCCACGGGGCGGGGCUCUGCAGCUCAGCGGAGGGGCCAGCAGAGGAGGUUCCGUUACCCAGAAUCCCCAGCGUUAGAGAGAGUGUGUUUUGGUCUCGCUUCUGCUGCGUCAAUGCCAUUCUGCUGAUCUGUGUUAAUAUAUUCCUCUACGCUUACUUCGCCUGACCUCUGACCUCUAACUGCUGUCCCAGUAGGAUAUGAGGGUGUUUCCAUCUCUACGUAAAUCAAUGUUCUUAUGGUUCUAGAAGAUGUACCGUUCUAGAAUGUUACGGACCUGUGAUGUCACAGUGGGUAGGGUCCUAUUUAGUGUAUUGUAUAUGGACCUCUGAUUGGUCAAUAUUGUGUCCUUGUGUAAAUGAGAUUCAUGAAUAAACACGUGGCCACGUCUUGUAAUCUACAGAGAAGAAACUUUAUUGUCAUCAAGAUCAGAGAUCAGUGGUUAGAGGUCAGAGGUCCGGGGUUAGAGGUCAGGGGCUAGGGGCUAGGGGGAGAUACAUUUCCUAUAGGUUCACCACACACAGUAGAGUAGCAUGAAAUACACCUGAACCCAUACAGAUAUAUACCUCAACCAGACCCAUAGCAUGUUGCAUCAAUACUACAAUAACUAACUGUUACAUGAAAUACACCUCACCCUGACCCCUGACCCCAACCAGACCCAUAACAUGUUGCAUCAAUACUACAAUAACUAACUGUUACAUGAAAUACACCUCACC